CAUGAUCAGCUUUGACGUCUUCCCGGAGGGCUGGGACAAGCGCUACUGCCUCAACGUGCUCGAUGACGAGAGAUUUGACACCAUCCACUUCUUUGGGAACGAAACGACCCCUGGAGGGAACGAUUAUGAAAUCUACGACGAUCCCCGCACAGUGGGACACAGUGUCCAGUCCCCCCAGGACACGGUCCAGCGAUGCCGUGAAAUCUUCUUUCCAGAGAGAGCAAAUGAGUGCUGACUGCCAGGUCCCUCCCAGCGCUGCCCCGGCCCCACUCUCUCCCCCUGCCAGGAAAAGCACCUUUGUUUGAGGAAUCUGCUCAGGGUAGAACGGGAAAAAAAAAACA